AAUUAAACAAAACCAUAACCAUCAGGUCCAUCACCGAAUAAACCAACCAAACUUCAAAAAGAGAAAAAACAAGAAAAAGAUUUAAGAAAGAGCGAAAUCUUAAACCCUGAAGACUGACCGACGCCGGAAAACCAGUAUCAAACAGCCCGUGAGUCAAAACAAUGGAAUCGAAGCUCCCAUCUUCAAAAUUUGUUGAUCAAUUAGUUGUACCAGGAGAUGUGAUAUUGGACCUAUCAAAUUUGUCAACUCAAACUAUUAAGCUCGGCGGUGGCUUACGUCAGGAUGGUGAUUCGAUAUCGGUAAUGAAGGCUGGAAAGCUGAGAUUCACGAAACCGAAUAAAUAUUGGGUUGAGACCUCCCAAAAGAGGUACGUGCCUAGUGUUGGGGAUAAUGUUCUUGGCGUGGUGAUGGAUACUAAACCAGAGAACUUCAUAGUGGACAUUAAAGGACCUGCGUUGGCAUUUCUACCUGUUUUAUCGUUUGAAGGAGGAACUAGGAGGAACAUACCCAAGUUUGAGGCAGGCACGUUGUUGUAUCUUCGUGUGGUUAGUGCUAAUAUAGGCAUGAACCCUGAGUUGUCAUGCAUGGAUGCUAAUGGCAAAGCUGCAGAAUAUGGCAUACUAAAAGAGGGUUAUAUGUUUGAAUCAUCAACUGGCCUCUCAAGAAUGCUACUGAGUUCUCCACCCCAUCUAGUUCUUGAAGGCCUUGGGAAGAAACUCUCAUUUGAGAUAGCUGUUGGCAUCAACGGUCGUUUUUGGGUGAAUGCAUCACAAGCAUCAACGGUGAUUCUUGUUGGAAAUGCCAUACAGAAAUCAGAAUCUCUCAGCCUGGUGCAACAAAAAAUUUAUUUAGAGAAAGUGCUCAAGAGCAUUCAAUGAUCAAGUAACUAUCGAAUUAUGUCCUCAUAUUCUAUCAUGUUGUGAACAAUUUAGCUGUAGAUCAAAUGCAAUUAUUUAUCUAUUUGUGUUCUUUUCGUA